AUGCUCUUGUGUUUGACUCGAGUGCUGUUCCAUCUACCGCCGGCAUUCCUGCUUGCACCGCCGCAGGCGUUCUGCUGCGCUCUGCCGGCCCUCGCUAACCUUGACCCGGAGACAAGCGUGGAGAGGACGACCGUGGUGUUGACGAUACUUAGCUCUGAGCAGCUGACAGUGAGCGUGAAGGGUGCCGGACCUCCCCCCAUCUUGGAGAUUUGGGUCGAUCCGCCGACAUCGGACAAAUCAGCGCCCUCUAUGUUCAGCGAGCUCGUGUCUGCAGGCGUCGGGAUGCUGAAGAACCCGAGCCAGAGGUGAUGACGAGGCAGACGUUGCCAUGACAACGCAAUGGCAUCGCGUUCACAGGCGUGGGUGCGUGCGUGCGUGCAUGUGUGUGCGUGCGUGCGUGCGUGUGCGUGGUUGUGUGCGCGCGUUCGUGCGUGCGUGUUUCUGUUUCCGUUUUUGUUUACCAGUAUAUUGAGAUGCUAGAAUUCACUUCGAUGUACAGAGAGCUUUGCGCGUGAAAUCUCGCGCGCGGGCGCUACCGCCGACAGUAUCCGUGAAUAUAGAAUAGUCUGUAAUGUAACAUUACGAAUAGACAGCCGGAGUAAAUCGGCAAUAGUUAUGCAAGGAAUUCUGCAUUCUUUCCUCUUUUGUUUCGUCGUCAUCUACGAGAAUAUUCUUGUUAUUGUGCGGAGUAUCGUGAGAAUUAAUAAAUAUACGCGGAAUUUUGUCGUGAGUGAAAGAAUUAAUAAAUCUUAUCGUUUAUUUCCAAACGCUUUUUCGUCUUUA